AUGCCCGCAUCCACAUGUGCAGGGCCACAGCAUAUCCUGCAACUCCUGGGUGAACUUCAUCAAAAGUCGUUGGAACAAGAGGCCACCAUUUCCAAAAAGAAAAAGAUUUUUUCAUCCGAAAUUUUGGGGGAUCUCGAGGACCAGCAACCAUCUGGUAACCCACAAGAUGAAUUUGAUCGACUUAUGCGUGACAAGUUCAUUGCACUGGAUCAAGACAAAUGCCAGUUCACAUACCAGCUGAUAAACGCCAUGGGAGCCACCAAUAUUGUCGAGGCUGGGACUAGUUUUGGGGUUAGCACGAUCUACCUUGCUCUUGCCAUUGCUAAGACAAAAGCCGCUACUGGUAAAUCGGGGGUUGUGAUCGCGACUGAAAAAGAGAAGGAAAAGAGAAAAAUUGCACGAAAAUACUGGGCCCAGUGUGGUCCAGCAGUUCAGCAAGAAAUUGACUUGAGAGAGGGUGAUUUGCUCGAGACCUUAAAGGAUGGACUGCCAAAGGUGGAUCCUCUCUUUAUCGAUAUCUGGUCCGCACUCGCUCUCCCGACGCUUAAGACUGUGCUACCUCGUCUCCGACCAGGUUCAGUUGUGCUUACCGAUAACACGAUAUCUGGUGCGAAAGGAUAUGCAGAUCUUCUGGCAUACUUGCGAGCUCCUGAGAAUGGGUUUCAAAACAUGACUCUGCCAUUUACUAAUGGGUUUGAGAUGAGUGUAUAUAUGCCAAAUUUGGAGUAA